GUCGCUCUCUCCUUCGCAUCAAUUUCGCGAGCCCGUCACACAGUUUUCUUUUCCACACUGGCUUCAUAAUUCUUGCGGGUUUACAAUCGCAUAAAAUAAGUGAAAAGAGGUCCACGAGUAACAAGAGAAAUGAGCGAAACUAUUAAUACCGCGGCUCAGUUUCCGAGCUUCGAGAAACCGACCGUGCAGUUUAAUGAAAAGGGCUGGGGACCAUGCGAGCUGCCGGACACGUUUAAGGACGUCCCGUACCAGCCAUUCAGCAAGAACGAUCGCCUGGGCAAGAUCUGCGAUUGGACAAGCACCUCCAAUAAUGACAAGAAGUAUCAGAACAAAUAUGCUUCUACCUUUGGCACCGGCAAUCAAUAUGCCUAUUAUCAUGAGGAGGACGAAACAACUUUCCACCUAGUGGAUACGGCCCGAGUUCAGAAGCCACCUCAUCAACGCGGACGCUUCCGCAAUAUGCGCAAUUCACGGUCUGGACGUGGCCGCAAUGCUCGCGGCGGUCUCAAUACGCAUGGUCAUGGCAUGACCACACUGAACAGCAAGAAUGUGAAAGCGCGUGAUCCUCGUCGCGGUGUGGGCAAGCGAUUUGGCAAUCGUGGUCCCCCACCCAAGAUGCGCGAAUCUUCUGUAGCUGUACGUGCCGACUGGGCCUCCAUUGAGGAGAUGGACUUCCCGCGUCUUAUGAAGCUUUCUUUGCCGAACAUUAAGGAAGGUGAAGAUAUUACAACUUGUGGCACCCUCGAGUACUAUGAUAAGACGUACGAUCGCAUCAAUGUUAAGAACGAGAAACCGCUGCAAAAGAUUGAUAGAAUUGUGCAUACCGUAACCACGACCGAUGAUCCGGUCAUACGUCGUCUGUCAAAAACGAUUGGUAAUGUUUUUGCCACGGAUGCCAUUUUGGCUACCAUUAUGUGCUCAACGCGUUCCAACUACUCAUGGGAUAUUGUCAUUGAAAAAGUUGGAGAGAAGAUUUUCAUGGAUAAACGUGACCAUACCGAAUUCGAUUUGCUAACCGUAAAUGAGACUAGCGUUGAACCGCCUACUGAUGACGACAGCUCGUGCAAUUCGCCGCGUAAUCUGGCCAUCGAGGCAACCUUUAUAAACCACAACUUUAGCCAGCAAGUGCUCAAGACCGGCGACCAGGAGGCAAAGUAUAAAUUUGAGGAACCCAAUCCGUUUAUCAGCGAAGAUGAGGACAUCCAAGUAGCUAGUGUUGGCUAUCGCUACAAGAAAUGGGAACUCGGAAGCGACAUUGUUCUUGUGGCCCGCUGCGAACAUGAUGGAGUGCUGCAAACCCCGAGCGGAGAGCCCCAGUUCUUGUCCAUCAAGGCACUGAACGAAUGGGACUCCAAGCUGGCCAACGGCGUUGAGUGGCGCCAGAAAUUGGAUACGCAACGCGGCGCUGUGUUGGCUAACGAGCUGAGAAACAAUGCCUGCAAGCUGGCCAAAUGGACAGUGCAAGCUGUGCUCGCCGGCUCCGAUCAACUAAAACUGGGCUAUGUAUCGCGUAUUAAUCCUCGCGAUCAUUCGCGUCACGUUAUCCUCGGCACCCAGCAGUUUAAGCCGCAUGAGUUUGCCACGCAGAUUAAUUUGAGCAUGGACAACGCCUGGGGUAUUUUGCGGUGCAUUAUUGACCUUGUGAUGAAGCAGAAGGACGGCAAAUAUCUGAUCAUGAAGGAUCCAAACAAGCCGAUUAUUCGCUUGUACGAUAUUCCCGAUAAUACAUUUGAUUCUGAUGAUUCGGACGAUGGCGAGGGCGAUGACGGUGAAGGUUUCCAGCAGGUCUACAACUAUGCCAACAACAGCAACAAGAUUUAGUUUCAUUUCCAGCUCUGUUUGCAUCUUAAAGUUAUAAACACAAACACAUCCAAGCAUAUAAACAUACUCGUAUAAUCAUAACACAAUAACCGGUUAAACAAUGCCACAACACAGUUAUAUAUUUGCUGGCAUUAGCUUUAAUCAUUUGAUUUUAAGUUGGCUGCAAUUGCAAGUGCCACGAAUUCCGAGUAAAGCGCAGAAUGGAAACAGA